GGGCAACAAAAGACAGACUCCUAAUCGCUGCAUAAAACUCGCAGUCGCAGCCCUAGCAACUCCGCGUCACGCAAAUCACGCGUACAAAACGACGCCUUCUUAUUCGCUUAACAAAACAAAGCCAAAGCCAAAGCCAAAGCCAAAGCCAAAGCCGAAGCUAGUCGUCACUGUCUUCAUUUGUGCGCGGAGCUGGAGAUUAAACCCCGAUGGCGUUGAACAACGGUCUCAGAUCCGCCUCCAAGUUAUUAUCCGUUUCUGAGUCGUUUCUUUCUAAGUCAGUGAACAGAGGCAUCCACUCAACAGGAGUGAAGAGGAUGGGAGGUCAUGCACAUGGCCAUGAUGAACCAUUCUACCUUCAUGCAAAGCACAUGUACAACUUGGACAUGAUGAAAUAUCAGAAAAUCAAAAUGCCUCUUGCUGUUUUCACUGCAUUCAGCAUUGGUGUCAUUGUUCCUGUCUAUGCUGUCAUUUUCCAGCAGAAAAAGACUGCUUCUGCUUAAGUCAUGACACCUUGGUGCAAUAAUAGGAGCAAGUUUCGAAUUCAUUUCUUGGGAACUGUUGGUAUUCCUAAGCUGGGUGCUUUAUGAUUAUUUUUGCUGUUAGUUUUCAAUAUUCAGUGUUGGCAAAUAGGAUUUAAACACUUUUUUUUUUCAAUAAUAUCACACAGUAACGAAAUCCAUUCUGUGGGUUCAAAUACUUUGCUUUCUUUAAUAUGCUCAGCUUAACAUGGUGCUUUGCAGUCAAA